GCAAGAAAAUACCGCGUCACGAAAAACAUGGCGGAUUAGUGUGUCCAUGGGGUCCGCUGCUUGCCAUCCGUCGCUGAUUUAAAAAAAAAAAGGUUAUUUCUCCCAACAAACGACAUAUUGUUGACCAGGGCGAAAAUGUUUCGUCGGUCACGAUUCAGCGCUCGGCCCAAUGUCGGUGCGACGGGCAGGACGGCUCAGGAGGCCCCCUCGGCGAGUCAGGACGCCAGCGAGACCCCCAAAGACGUUGCAGAGGGCGGCAGCGCUGCAGUGACUGACAGCCAGCCUGUCGGGACCCCGUCAGAAAAACCUGAAGCCCCAGGGGAUGGCAAUGGGCAACACGGGGAAAAUACCGGCACCCCGGCUGCACUGCAACGAAGAAAGCGCUUUUCCAUCAAGCCCAAAGUGGCCCCGGGCCGCCCCUCCGCAGUUGCUCGCGCGCAGAAAUCCCCCGUCAAGGCGGCGUCUGAAACUCCCGUUGAGGUGCCGGCCUCGGGCCCCGACAAGCCAACUACGUCCAGACAAACUGCGGCCGCGGUCGCCCCGCAGAGGCUCCAGUCGCCGAGGCGUCGGAGGUCUUCAGGAGAGAGCAAGCAGCCCAAAAUGCAACCUAAACAGACCCUCGUCCCUUCCGACAGCCCGGAACCUUUGGCUGAGUCGGCGGAAAAUCCGCCAGCGGACGGCGGCAGGGAAUCCCAAAGCACGUCGGACAGUCAAGUUGAAGGAGUUCCAUCCAAGUUACAGGACAAAGUCCCCUUUUCCAUCCUGGACAGAGAAGCUAUGGAGCUGUCAGAGAGAGCCAAGACUCUCGUAUCAUCUAAGAGCCGGCGUUGUCCCUCGCCAUCAGCGUUCUCCUUGAGCAGGCUCCUGAAUGACCCAUCAGACAUACAGAGGAUCGCAAAGGCCCAAAAGCUCCGAGAUCUGCUCAAACAGGAGAUGCAUAAAGACAAGAAACGCAGGAAAACAAACACGCGUGUAAAGGAAUAUAACCUAGAUCCCGCCAAAAUGACCAUGAGCGAGCUCAUCCGCUAUCUCCCGGAGUCUAACCCCAUGACUGCGAAAAUGCAAGAACCCGCUCCGGGCAAUGAGACCGUGGUCCCACCUUCUCCAGGAGGAGAUGCGUCACCGGAGAGAUCGCAGAAGCUUGAGGCGAUCCCCAAAAUAGGAACCCCGAGGCAGGUGGAAGAGGAGCUGGAUGAGGAAGAGGAAGACGAGGAUGACAGCGUGAUGGUUCCCCAGGUCAAAGUAGCCGAGGACGGCACCCUGAUCAUUGAUGAGGAGAGCUUGACAGUGGAAGUCCAGCGGGCCAAAGGACCAAAUCCAGCCAACGACCGGGAUCCCAUAUUUGAGCGUGGCUCCACUACAACUUACGCAAGCUUCCGGAAAGGGACCUACACAAAGCCCUGGUCCAGCGAAGAGACGGACAUGUUCUUCCUGGCCGUUAGCAUGGUGGGAACAGACUUUUCCAUGAUUUGUCAACUGUUUCCUCUCCGAGCGCGAUCAGAGAUAAAGAACAAAUUUAAAAAAGAAGAGCGAGAGAAUUCCUGGAGGGUUGACAAAGCUUUCCGGGAAAGGCGCAAACUGGACAUAGAGUAUUUUUCUAAGCUGCUAGAGAAGAUUCUGGAAGUUCAGGAGAACAGGAAGAAACUCCGGUCGCUCGCUGGGAAGAAAUCCCCCAAGACGACCACGAGAAAGGCAAAGGGGAAAAAGGCCGCGAGGAACCUGAGCGUUGUGGAAGAAGAAGACGAGGAAGAGCAAAAUGAAAUUGCCGAGUUGGAGGAGGAGGGAGAGAAAGAGAACGAGGAAGGAGCUGAUGUUGCAAAGCCGAAGAAGAAACGUAAAAGAAAGUGCAAAACGGAGGCUUUGACCGAGGAACCAAGUGACAAGAAAAACAAAAUGGGAGAAAAGAGCAACGAAGAUGAGGGCUGGACACCCGAGGACACCGAGGCAGCACUUCCUGAAGACUGUCCAACAUCAGACAUGUCUAAAGAGGCAGAGAGUGCGCGCGAAGCCACGGGGGCCAAAAUCAAGCCAGCUAAGCUGUCACGAGGCCGAGCCCCGAAACCGCUCCUGCCGUUGGGCCGGAAGUGGGGUAAAAAGCCCCCACCGCCCUCCACAAAGAGCAGCGACGCCGCGCCGGAGGAAGGGGAGGAGGGUGUAACGGACGGAGGAGCCGCAGAGCAGGUCGAUAAAGACGCUUCGCCUUCAGGUCAAGAUGAGAACUCUGAAGAAGACGAUGCCACCGCUCAACCUCCGAAGACGACCAGGUACGGGAGAUUGCCUAAACCCGUCAAGCCCCUGAACUACCCCGGCAAGGAGGCCGCACCCGAAGCCCCUCCUGCCCCACCAGAGGGGCCCACGGCUUCUGCCGGCAGGCCCAGUUCCAAAUGCACAGCCAAGAGGGGAAGACCACCAAAGCUAAGGUCCCCCCGAGAGUCCAAAAAGCCUAAACUGGUCACCAUCGUGGCUUCUCAGUCAGACUACAGUGACGAGGAGGAUGAAAAGCACCAAGAAGAAGAUGUGGAGGAGGAGCCACCCGGAGGAGCACCCUUUGUGCCCGCCAGCCUGCGCUCGCUGCGACCUGUGAUGUCACAGGUGGAGGAGACGCUGGAGGAGCUUGAUAUCUUUGCCAAUAUCCCCGAUGUGUUGGGCAUCUCCCAAGAUGCUCUGUGCCCUGAAGCCUCUUGCGAGCGGGCACCACAUGAGGCAGACGCAGCUGAGCCCACUGACCAUCAGCUGGACCUGCUCGUUGAUGUCGUAGACCUCCUUUCCUUGGACCACGCAGAAGUAUCCGAGGACGAGAGCUACAAUGAAGCUGCUCAGACCUUGUUGACCAUCGGCAACCUGGCUCACCUCCCUCAGUCGGCACAGGAUCAAACAGUAGAAGAUCACGAAACAGGGACGACUCUGGCCCACGUGAAAGAAAGCAUCCCACACCUGAAGAACGGGACGCCUGCUCUACUCGAUGAAAACAGCGUGGCUCCUCUCAAGUCUGCCACCGCUGAUCGUGAAAUAAUAGAAACAUCAGAUAAUGUUACCGUCCUCCACAGCGGAGGAGAAAGUGAGGACAUUCCUGUUGUUGAAUGCUGUGAUCAGAGAGCUGAUUCUGAUUUGGACCCAAAGAAAGGAGGCUCCUCCGAGGAGAAACCUAACCCCGGCCGGGCCUCAGGGACGUCUCAUUCAAAAUCCCACCCAGGGACGUCAACAGCGAGGAGAGCUGACGCUUCCCAAACCACAGAGACACCGUCAGCGGCGGACGGCUGUGAGAAGGAGUCUGCUGGUGAAGGACAACCCCAUUCAGAUCAGAGUGCAUCAGAAUACCGGACUCCCUACUCGAGAUCUCCAGCUGAAGCCCCGGUGCCUCCCGGUGGGGCAGCAGCCACAGAAUCCCAGCCGGGACACGGGCCAAACGCCGACUCCGCCCAGGUCCAAGAGAGCGGCGACCACCCGGGUGCGCGCGUGACACCCGUUGUCGGUCAGAAGGCGGAGAGGAAGGUGGGGUCUUCUCCCCCGACCAGGAAGAGUCGAUUCCAGAAAGUCAAACCCAAAGUCAACCUGGCACGCACAUCGAGGACCAAAUCUCAACCCACGAAAGACUCCGACCAAACUCCGAACCCCAAAUUACCUGAAGAAACUAUUGCGGCGGUUGAAGCCGAGCCGACUUGCGGCCCCGCCCCUGAUUCUGCUUCGGUGGACCUAAGCUCCGCCCCCACAGCCACAGAAGAGCAGCCUGCAACGGAAGAGAAAAAGCCGGACGACGAGGUUGUUGGUCGGGUAGCAUCCGGCGCAGAAACGUCCAAUCGGAAUGUCUCCGAGAACCAGCAGCUCUCAGAAGCCCGGCCCGAACCCGCGAGGGAGCCGGCCGCAAACCGUUGGAAGCCCUUCGAGGAGAAACCGCCGGCAGCCGGGGGAAGUCGCGUCGAUCCUCGGACGGCGUCCGACCCCGCCGCGGUCACCGAAUCACAAGUGGAGGAGCUGCCCGGCGGCGGGAGGGGAGGGGAGGGCGCCGCGCCCGCUUGCCAGACCGCGAGGCGUCGAUUACAAAAACCCAAACCCAAACCCAACGUAUCACAAGCGCCGAGGACUGCGCGGUGCAAACCUGAAACCACAGGGGACCCUGUCCCCGCCGUGCGGCUCGGCGAGACGCCCCCCGGCGGGACGUCAGGGCCCCGGCCCCCUGAAAACGCGGCAGCAGUGGAAGAAGCGACGCCACCUUGCAGUGGCGCCCGUCCCGAAGAGCCGAGCCGAAGUAAAAGUGCUGCUUCAGUGACAGAACCAUCGCCGGAAUUGCGCUCUCCCCCUAAAACCACGGAGGACAUGUCUUCAACCGAGGAGCAGAAGACGGGUGCCGGACGUGGACUCGGCUCGGAACAGAGUGUUCCCCUGCGCAGGCAACGCUUCGCUAAAGUCAAACCCAACGUGGGGUCGUCCCCCAGAGCUGCACGCGCUAAACAGCAGUCACGUGACAUUAGCAAACCCCCAGAGCGGUGCCACGCGGACCCCCCCUCAGAGACUGUGCCCCCAUCCAAGACGCCGUCACCAGCUGGUCCAACACAAAGCACUCAGCGGCCACUUGCUAGGGAAGACUGCGAGGCCCGCAGUCAGGAGGAGAAUCAACCAGCUGCCCCAAACACUGAGUCACCCGACUCAAGAAAAGCCCCUCGGGCUGUUCGCGGGCGGCUCAUUAGACCCAAGCCCAGUCUGGCUCGCAGCGGCCGGCCUCCACUACCCGGGCAAGUUCCAGAGACAAAAGCAGCGGCGAGAGAUUUCGACGGCCCCGUUUUCCACAGUGUGUCUGAACUGCGGCCCGGCGUCCCGGGCCCAGCAGAGGGCGCUGUUGUGCAAUGCGGUGACCGGAGCUCUUCUCAAAAUGACUCCGGCUCGACCCCGAGCAGCCUGACGCAAGUCACCCAACACGACCCCCCCGCAGACUUUGCUGGUUCCUCUCUGGGUUGUUUGACUCGAGCUCCCGACGGUUGUACCCAGGAUGCCUCCACGUCAAUCACAGGGGAGACGCAGACUCCAAAUCUCUCAGUAUUUCCAGACUUGCUGUUGAAGGAGGUGCCCAGAGAUGAAGACGAACCGUUCUUCAUCCUCUCUCUGACUGAGAUCCCCGUCACGGUGCCAGAACCCCUCCCCUAUCGCCCUGCAGCUGAGCAAGAGAGGCCCGUGGCCGCCCUUCCCCCUCAGGGGGUCGUCCCGUGCGCGGAAAAGGAUUUUCUGCUCCCACAGCCUUCGGCCAUCGGCGUUCCCGGGGAGUGGUCGGCGGCGUCGGCGGCUGCGUGCCUGGAGGGGAGCGGCGAGACGGGCCUCGUCCGUCAGGACGCCGGGGCGUGCGCGGGUUUGAUCGUGGAGGAUCCAGCGGCGGCAGAUGUGCAUCCGUCUAAGUUAGCAGACACUGCAGGGAAUGACUAUGGAACUCCGCCUACAAAAGCCGAUGGGCCGAGGGCCACUAGGAGGAGAGUCAAAGAGCAGGUUAAGCCAAGGACGUCAACGAGGAGACAGGCCGCAAAGACCGUCGCCAAGGACGAAGUGGCGCCGCCGAAAGCCCUUGAUGAUGUCGCCCGGGAGCCGCGGGAUGGGAGUGGCCAUCAGGUAGACGUGGCAAAGGAGACUCUGGAAGGUGGGAGCGACGCCGGGGAACGCUCCGGCUCGGGAGCACAAAGCGCUCGGCGGAAAGGCAGCCGGAAUAGAAACCCCAAAGCCCCCAGAAACCCCUCUGAGACCAUCGACACGGCGCCUCCACCUGACGCGCCGCCCGGCAAAGCAGCUUCCGAGGGCCCGGAGGCCCGAACUCCGCGGGCGGCUGCGAAACGAUCUGCUCCACCCGCAGCUUCUACGUCACGCGAGGUCGCUCGGCCGGCAGAAGAAACCCACCCAGCAUUUACCACGGCGCCGUCACCCGAGGUGUCCUCUUCAUGGCCGGGGGACUCGGUGGAGGAGGAGCCCACCAGUGUGUCUCAGUACUUCUUGUGCAACAUCUUUACAGAUGUAGAGGAGGGAUGAAAGCGGUGGGGGGGGGGUGCUUUUUAGUUAUGUCCGCCACUAGGUUAACUUAUGACCAACUUAGUUUUUUGUUGUUCUAAUUAAGGGAAGAUGAGACAACAACACUUCACAAGCACUUUGGAUCAGUGUGGUUGCUUUGCAUUGACUGAAAUUCCUUUUUUAUUUUUUAUGAACACACAUUAAUACACAAAACAGUAAAUCACUUUGUUCAAAGAGGUGGCAGCAUUUCCUCAAUUAAUGUUUACAUCCUCAGAUCCCUCAAUUAAAUACCUGUGAAAAUGUAAAUAUUGUACAAUAGCAAAUGUUUUUUUUUGAUCUUCCGUUUUAAUAAAGACAGAAACACCAUUUAAUGAAAUAACAUUGCAUAUCAAGUAAAUGCAACGAGCAGCAGGGGAAGUCAAACUUCAUUAAGGAAGAUGUUCUGUCGGCUGGUUCAGUGUUCAAAGCGGCCCUUUGCAUUUGUAUUAUUGUGUUUGAUACAGAAUUCCUCAAAUGUUUCAAUAGUUUAUCAAACGUGCCACAUGGAAGUCUGAAUAAAACAUAUUCUUCCA